AUGGCAGAUAAUCAGCAAAGUAGAUUUGAAAAAUCUCUCGGUUUACUGACUACUCGAUUUGUUACUCUUUUGCAAAAAGCGAAAGACGGCGUUCUCGAUUUAAAAGUCGCCGCAGAUAUUCUAGAAGUUAGACAAAAAAGACGGAUUUACGACAUUACAAAUGUCCUUGAGGGCAUUGGUCUUAUAGAGAAGAAAAGUAAAAAUAGUAUUCAAUGGAAAGGUGCAGGUCCUGGUUGUAAUACGCAAGAAGUUGGUGAAAAAUUAACAGAUUUGAAAGAUGAAAUUAAAAAAUUAGAGGAUCAUGAACACUUAUUAGAUACACAUACACAGUGGAUUCAACAAAGUAUAAAAAAUAUAGAGAACGAUAUAGUUAAUAAAAAGUAUGCAUAUAUCUCUUAUGAAGAUGUCAAAGAAAAUUUCCCUGAUGAUUUUGUAUUAGGAAUUCAAGCUCCACCAGAUACAGAAUUAAGUGUGCCAAAUAUGGCUCAGAUAGCAGAGGAUGAAGAAAGAGAAAUAAAUUAUGAAAUGCUUUUAAAAAGUAAUUCAGGUGAAAUUAAGGUAUAUAUGGUUCAACCAGAUUUAGCAAAAACUUAUGAUAAUAAAGUAUUAGAAAUGAGGUUACAAGAAGAAUCAAAAGGUAUGAAGAGAGUAAAAGAAGAUGAUGAGAAGAAAGAGGAGAUCAACGUUAAACCAAAGAGAAAAGUAGGAAGACCACCAAAAGGUAUCAACAAACAUGGCUCUACCUUAUCCGAUGAAGAAGAUGAAGAUGAUCCGGAAUUAAUAGAAGCAAAAAUAGUUCUUCGUGAUGUAAAUACAUCUGAUAUUAUUCAAGGAGAACUUGAAAUACUUGAUCAAUUUUAUUCAGACAUUUGUGGUCCACUUGUCAGAUUAAGUCCACCGCCAGGAGAAAAAGAUUACCAAUUUAAUCUUAGUGAAAAUGAAGGGAUUUUUGAUUUAUUUGACAUCGCAGCAAAGUGA